AUGCUCGAUCGCAGGCAGACCCAGCAGAACAACAGCAGCAACGUCGUCAGCAGCAGCGCCGUCGACAUGGCCAAGUGGGAGACGGACACGACAAACGCCUGCAUGAAGGCGCUCUCGCAGAUCACCGCGGCCACCAACCCGUCCGGCACCUCUGUGUGCUACAACCUCCUCAGCCUCGACUCCACCCCCGGGAGCGGCAAGUUCAUGGCCGACAUGCGCCUGUUCCAGGUCUCGACGGCGUCUGGCGAUUUUGCGGGCGUGUCUGCGGCCAACGUGGCUGCCAAGGUGGCCUUCAGCGGCGCCUCGGUCAUGCUUGUGUCCAACACUGCCAACACUGGUGCCGGCAUGGAGACCGACCUGAAGCUCCUGCGCCGGCAGAGCGGAGCCGCGCCGAUGCUGAUCCGGACAUACAUGCUGGCGGGAACCAUUGAUGCCAACAAGCUGGCGGACAAGGUUGACAAGGGUCUCCUCGAGUCCUGGAUCACACCCAUGGUCACCCUCUCGGCGACCAACGGUCUCGGCCAGCAGGCCACCACCCGGGUGACCUCCAACGAGGCCAUCUUUGUCAACGGCGUCUUUGCCAACGACGUGGUGCUCUCCGACAUGGCGCGGGCCCAGCUGGCCGUCGACGACGCCAUCGCCGCGCUCAAGAACGGCACCGCCGCGUUCGUCGUCCCCGGCGUCAACAUCCUCAUCGAGCCCAUCGGCCUGUACAUUGCCUGCGUGUGGACCAUCAUCGCCUUUGGCGUCUACGGCUUCGGCACUUUUGAGCGGUACAAGCACCGCGACGCGUACCGCACCCGCAAGGCCAGAGCUUAUGGCAAGUCGGGAACGAUCUGA